AUGGCUACGGCGAUGCAUGUGAUUAGUACAAGUUACUGUCUUGUAAGUACUAGGAGAUCAGUCCAUAGAGUGAGGGCUGUUGCUUCCAAGGAUUUUGCUGUUUCAAAAACAGAGGGAGACACGGUGAAGUUGGGUGGGUCUGAUUUGAAGGUGUCAAGGCUUGGACUUGGGGCUUGGUCUUGGGGCGACACAGGCUACUGGAACAACUCUGAGUGGGAUGAUAAGAAAACGAAGGCUGCUAAGUCGGCUUUUGAUGUCAGUAUUGAUGGCGGCAUAACUUUGUUUGAUACUGCUGAAGUUUAUGGUUCUUGGCUCUUAAGAGGUGCUGUCAACUCUGAAACUCUUCUAGGAAGUUUUAUCAAGGAAAGGAAAGAAAAUGAUCCUGCAGUGGAGGUAGCUGUUGCAACCAAGUUUGCAGCUUUGCCUUGGAGGCUGGGACGUCAGAGUGUUCUAAAAGCCCUUAAGGAUUCCCUCUCUCGCCUUGGACUCUCUUCGGUAGAGCUCUACCAACUCCAUUGGCCUGGAAUAUGGGGAAAUGAAGGGUAUAUUGAUGGUCUUGGAGAUGCUGUUGAACAGGGACUUGUGAAGGCUGUUGGUGUUUCAAACUACGAUGAGAGAAGUCUUCGUGAUGCUUACAAGAAGCUUAAGAAAAGGGGUAUUCCACUGGCUGCAAACCAAGUAAAUUACAGCCUUAUAUACAGGCAGCCUGAGGAAAACGGUGUCAAGGCUGCCUGUGACGAACUUGGGGUUACUUUGAUUGCAUAUUCCCCCAUGGCUCAAGGCGUUCUUACGGGAAAGUAUACACCAGAAAAUCCACCAUCUGGUCCUCGAGGCAAGAUUUACACUCCCGAGUUUCUAACGAAGCUUCAACCUCUGCUAAACAGAAUCAAAGAUAUAGGACAGAGCUACGGUAAAACUAACACACAGGUAAUCUUGAACUGGCUGCUUGCACAAGAAAAUGUCCUUCCAAUCCCAGGGGCCAAAAAUGCCCAACAGGCCGAGGAAUUUGCUGGUGCACUUGGUUGGAGACUCACCAGUGAAGAGAUCAACGAGCUGCGUUCCUUGUCAUUGGAUAUAAUACCUCUAGGUUUUGCCCAAACAAUAGGGAAAUAA